UUUCUGGAAAGACAUUAAUGCCUUAUAUUAUCAGUUCAUUUACUCCUCUCUCUCUCUUCCCCUAUUCCUCGGGACAUAUAAUAAUUAGCCACCGCUGUCGUUACUCAAAAAACAGAAUUAAUUGCAGAAGUGUUCCUAGCAAGCUAGAAACUAAAAAAUCCAGAAGAAAUGGUGUUUCCUGUUGCAGGAGGAGGCGAUGGUGGUUGGGCAGACAUGAGGAGCUUCGCUCUCCAAGUGCUCAGGGGGCGUUGGCUCAUGGUGUUUGCUACAUCUAUACUGAUGUCUGUCUCCGGCGCGAGCUACUCAUUCGGCCUUUACUCCAACGAUAUUAAAUCCACACUCGGCUACGACCAAUCCACCCUCAAUUUGCUUAGCUUCUUCAAGGACUUGGGCUCCAACAUCGGCCUCGUUUCAGGCCUAGUAAGCGAGAUCACACCCCCAUGGGUUGUCUUAUCUGUUGGUGCAGUUUUCAAUUUUUGUGGGUACUUUAUGCUAUGGCUCGCCGUGACCCAAAAAAUUGCUCGGCCCAAAGUCUGGCAUAUGUGCUUUUACAUCUUCAUCGGGGCUAAUUCCCAUACCUUCACCAACACUGGAGCCCUCAUCACCGGCGUUAAGAACUUCCCAGAAAGCCGUGGCGUCGUGAUCGGCGUGAGUGAAGGUUAUAUCAGUCUGAGCACUGCAAUUGUCACGCAGUUUUACCACGCCUUCUACGGCAACGACACCAAGGCUUUGAUUUUUCUAAUGGCUUCUCUUCCGAUGGCUGUAUCAUUCGUUUUUAUUCGAGUCAUCAGAAUAAUUAAGGGUGCUCGGCAGCCUAACGUGGCCAAAGUUUUCUUUCAGUUCCUCUAUAUUUCACUCAUUCUUGCUUUGUUUUUGUUGAUUAUGAUCAUCGUACAGAAGAAUGUCAAAUUCACGCAAAGCGCAUACGGUGGUAGUGUUGCCGUUGUGCUUUUCUUGCUCUUUCUCCCACUUGCUGUCGUUAUUAAGCAAGAGUAUAUGCUUUGGAAGAGCAGUAAAAAAGUUAUCAAUGAUCGUUCACCGUCUACGAGAACGUCUGAGAUUGAGAAACAAAACCCUGAGACACCUCCAUCUGCAAAAGCACUGCCGUUUACUUCACCAACCUCUUCGCCUCCUAGCCCAAGUGCAGAAAAUCAAGAUUCCUGCUGGAAAACCAUGUUUCAGAAGGUAGACAGAGGGGAGGACCACACCAUACUCCAAGCAGUUUUCAGCAUCGAUAUGUUACUGCUAUUCUUGGCUACAACUUGCGCCCUGGGGGGCACAUUAACGGUGAUGGACAACUUGGGACAGCUCGGACUUUCUUUCGGAUAUUCACGUGCAGAUAUCAGCAUGUUCGCGUCCCUUAUUAGCAUAUGGAUAUACUUCGGAAAGAUCCUCGGAGGUGUGGUGUCUGAAAUCCUUUUAACCAAGUACAAGUUCCCCCGUACUCUCAUGCUCACUCUAGUCCUUUUAUUAUCCUGUGCUGGGUUUCUUCUGAUCGCAUUCAAGGCUCCAUACGCCCUUUACAUUUCAUCAAUCAUAAUUGGGUUAUGUUUUGGAGCACAAUGGCCUCUAAUUUUCGCCAUAAUCUCUGAACUUUUUGGCCUGAAGUAUUACUCCACUCUGUACAAUUUCGGCGUUGUGGCUAGCCCAGUUGGUUCCUUUUUGCUCAAUGUGAAGACAACAGGGUAUUUAUAUGAUAGGGAGGCUAAGAAGCAACUGGCAGCGUUGGGGCUCGAGAGAAAGCCUGGGGAGGAACUAAAUUGUGUAGGGGGUGAUUGCUUUAAACUGCCUUUCAUUCUUAUUACUGCCGUGACCUUGUUUGCGACGCUUCUUUCGCUUAUUUUGGUGCUUAGGACUUCAAACUUUUAUAAGGGUGAUAUCUAUAAGAAGUUCCGAGAGAAGGUAAAAGCGGCCGAGAGCGGACAGGUGAUGGCGGACGACAAUGGAGUUGGAUUGCCAAAGGUGAACGAAAGCCAGAAUACUGCCUUAAGUAUAAACUUCAAUUAACAGAUGAAAGGACAGUUUGAUGGGCACAGACAAGUAAGAAAUAUGAAAGUCCUACUGUUCAACUCCAUAAAUAUCCGAUGGCAACAAGAUUCUCGUCUAUUUUAUUCGCAAUUAUAUGUUUUCUAAGUUGAUAUUCAGCUGUCGAAAAGAAAAGAUGUAUGUGAUAGUAUAUGAGAAGUAGGUUUUGAGACA